CCGCUAGUCGUUAUUCGCACUACGAGCGGAGCGAGCGGGCGUGCAUGCAGGACAAAUUUCAAGUGGCUCCUGAUAUUUAUUUUCUUCGUAAUUAGCGAGUUGUCACGCUUGCCGCGUUCGAUAAACAUGUUACGUAACACUCACAGUGUAUCAUCAGAGCCUUGAUGCAUCCGCAAGGCCAUGUGUGUACAGCCCCGCGAGGUGGAAACAUUUUGAAUGGCAUCACUGUGUUCCCUAACCUGAAAAUGUCAACACGGAGAUAGAGAUAGCGACUUUGUUGUGAUUCGGUGAAAUGGAGCGUCCGACUGCCCAGCCGGCCAAGAGGAAGAUAAAGAAGGAUGCGGCGUCAGCGGGGAGCAGCAGCGAUGCCACUAUCAAAAAGGCGACGGCCGCGUCUCAGAGAGACGCUGACGAGAGCAGCGGGCCUCAGAACCAAAACCAAAACAAGGACAAGGAUAAGGAUCAUGUCGGUGUGUCGGCGGAGGCGAUCUCUGUCAUCGCCGAGUCCAUCGGCAUUUGCAACAUCGGGGAGGACGUCGCCACCAGCCUCGCUGAGGAUGUCUCCUACAAGCUCCAGGAAAUCAUCAACGCUUCAUGCACAGUUAUGCGCCAAUCAAAGCGCAGAAAAUUGCUUACCUCUGAUGUAAAUACUGCUUUUCGUGUAAGCGAUGUAAAUCAUAUUUUUGGCCAUUCUCAUAAUGAGCCAUUUAAAUUUUUACGCCUGCCAGAAGGUGAAAUUUUUAUCCCUGAGGACAAUGAAGUGGAUCUUAUAUCUGUAGCUACUAAUCCAACAGCCCCUAAGGUGAAAAAGCCUUCCUACAUUGCAACUUCUUACCCUCUUUUAAAAAUUGCUCCAACACAACCUGUGAAUGGCCAUAGUUCAAAGUCUGAUGGAAAAGCUUUAGCAUUUCAACAUCCAAAAUUAGGAACAAAUAAUAGUAAGACCAAUGUGGAGACAUCCACACAAAAUUCUCCUAAUCAAACCUCACACAGCUCAAUGAAAUCAUCAGCUGAUCAAAACAUUGAGUCUCCUAAUUUAGGGAGGAAAGUAUCAAAUGUUUCAAAUAGCCUUUUUGUUAAAGCAGGUGUAGAUAGCCGAUCGAAGUUUAAUGGUGGAGUAAAGUUUGCCCAACCCCAUGCCAUCAGAGAUAAGCUAAAACGAGAUUCUGAGGAAGAGCUCAAACUAUCUCAAGCUCAAAUUUCCUUCUUCAAUAUAGUAGCAAAGUUCAUCAUUGAAGGACAUCACUGCCUUUACAAGCAAGCUCUCCUAAAUUUGAGGACUAGCAAGAAAGUGAACACAGUAUCUGUUCCUCUGCUGAAUUUUGUGGCCCUCUCAGUGUGUCACAUACCACGUCACUUUGGGCUUCUUUCAAGAUUGUUAGAAACUGUUGAUGUGUUGCUCUCUAAUGUGAAUGUCAACCCCUCUUAUUCAAUUGCUGUAAACCGGCUUGUGAAUGCUUUGUUAGCUAUCAUAGCUGAUCAGAAUGUUUUGCAAGGCCAAAAUGAUUUUCUGUUAAGAAGAAAAGCAGCCAGCUUGUUGGCAAGGGUUUUGCUGGUGUGGGGCAUAGAAGAACAGCAUGUUUCAGAGCUUUUGUCCAGAGUGGCUCUAAUCCUUGGAGAUUCUAAGGAAAAACUUCAAAGUCACUACGGAGCACUUGUGAUAUUCCAAAACUUGGGGAAAGCUGCCAUAGGAUGGCUCUUUCCAUUGCUCAAAAGUUUCUUACCUCUGUUUGAUAAGCGAUACUCAUUGCUUUCCGGAAACUACAAUGUUCAAGUAGAAGAAAUUCGUGGUACACUGCUGGAUAUUGUUGAGUUGCUGUAUUGUGAAGUGGAUUCACCCCGUUUUAAAAUUAAAGCAUCAACCAUACAAGAAUUACAAGCCAUGAUUGCACUUGAUGGACUUCUUUACCAAUAUUGUGGAGAUGCAGUUUGUGCAAGACGUCGCUCUACUACAAUUUUAGGACAAUCUAAGUUGAGGAGUCAUCCAGACAGGGUUCCAAGAUCUCGUAUGGAAUCUAAACUGAGGUCUCAUUACCUUGAUUUUAGGUACAUGAGCCAUUGCACUCAAAAGCAAAGACACAGGCAACAAACCUCUGAAGUAUUUGAAGAAUUGUGUGUGGCACCUAUUGUUAGAAGAAAAGACAUUCAGUUCAAAUUUGCUGGUGCAAACCCCGUGCCCAAAGACGGUCUAAGAAAGAAAGUGCUAGACAAGACUCAUGUACAAUUUACACCUGUUGCUAGUAAUCAAUUCCACUCCUUGUUUCCAAAACAACACCUCAUGGUUGGGCAUAUGCCUAACAGUAGGUUUAAAGGAACCACCAAACAGUUUAGUAAUUUAUAUAGCCUUCUCAGUGUACUUUAGGUUAAGUACUUUGUGUAUAACAUUGGCCUAAUUCCUCAGUUUACUAUGCCAUGAAAUCAACUUGUUGCCAGGUGGAGGGCAGUGGAGGGUGUGUAUUACUCCUUUGCACUAAAAGACGCCAAGAAGACAACCCUGUAUUUUUUAAAAAGAGUUUUAUACAUCACAGGCGCCAUUCUGAACUGUUCAAGAUCUUUUGAAUUGAUGCUCUAGUAUAACAAAUUCAAUUCUUAAAGUGAAUGCUUUGUUAAUAAGAAAUUUGGUUUAUUAUAUUUAUUUAUCUGAAA